UCUACGUCACAGCACGUCGACUUCCGGCGCGUUAAAGUGACGUAAAGCUGGAAAAGAUACACGGGAAGUGUUUAUGAUUAAGUUGGUUCGCUUGAUCGCGGAAUUAUGAAUAAGGUCCAUAAUUGGCAGGAGAAUGAAAUCCGAGAACUUUUGACGAUCCGUGCCUCGGAGCAGAUCCGGCACCUGAUCACGGGCACCGUGAAGGACUCGGUGGUCUACCAGAGAAUGAGCAAACUGCUGUCGGAGAGGGGGGUGUACAGGACACAUAUGCAGGUUAUCAGCAAACUCAAGUCCCUGAGGAAGCAUUACCUCAGGUACCACCAGCAGAAGGUCCGGACCGGCUGCGACCGCGUCAACUGGCCGUUCUACGACCUGUGCCACUGGGCUUUCGGGAACGGCCCCGCGGGGGCUCCACUGAAGCGGCACAGGAGCCCCUCGCCCCCUCCUUCACGCCCACCCUCGCAGCAGCUCUCUCCUCCUCAUCCUCCUCAUCCUCCUCCUCCUCCUCUCUCCAUCAGCGACGAGCAUCACGAGGUCGUGGUCGGCCUCUGGGACGACGUGGACGACCAAGAGAUCAACAAGCAUCUGGGUCCAGUGGAGGCAGAGGACGAGGAGGAGCAGUACAGCCCAUCAGAACCGCUACAGCCUGUCAAUGCCUCUUACAAGGUUCCAUCAAAGAGAAGGAAAACAACAGUGAUGGAUCAAGUCUCCACCUUGGUGAAAGCGACGGUCUCUCAGCUCAGAGAGAUGGACGCGUCCAUGCAGGCACAGGAAGACGCCCGACUGCAGAGGCUCAUGGACCACGAGAAAGAAAUGCAGAACAAUCUGAUGUGUCAGCUGGUGGACAUGCACGAACGGAUCAGCAGAGAAAACUAUGAAAGACACCUGGAGCUGGUGGACAGGAUUCUAUCGAGGUUCCCCUCGCCUUCAGGACCUUCAGGACCUUCAGGACCUUCAGGACCCUCAGGACCUUCAGGACACUGACACUUCCUGUGUGAUAGCAUAUGACAGGUUCUACAGGUGUAGGGGACGUUUUUCUCUCUCUCUCUCUAUCUUCUCCACCAGCUGACUGGUGCCAAAGCCAACAUUCCUCAUUAUUUUCUCUGAUUUUUUAAAAUCAUUAUGACUAAGAGAAAAUCUCUGAGAUCAUCCUGCCCUUUAAUUACGACUCUGCUCUCUUGUAGCUGAUAAAAAAAACAGGUUAAAAACAAGCCACAUUCACCCUCCAUCACGCUCUGUCACCACACCGAGUCACUGCUCAUGUAGCUUCAACAUUUCAUUUGUAAGCUGUUAUGGUGCCGAGAAGACACACGACUGAAGAGGAAUGAAAACAAACACUAAAUUCAACACUGCUCAAAGUUCGGCUCAAAUAUUCCACUCCAAGAAGUAAUAUAUAUUCAUGCAUGUUGUUACGUGAUUACUUCAUGCAACAUGCAAGAAAAACGUUGGCAGUAUACUUUGACUGAAGCAAGCGUUUGUGUUCUCCAACUCCUGACUGAGGGCUGAGGAAUAGCUCAUUUUUAAAAUGGGCAUUAACCUCAGAAUUUCAACAAUUAAACACCAUUCAAUGUAUUUAUAAAUGUAUAUUAUUUUACAUUUCAAAAUGAUUUAAAAGUCCAUAUUAACAGUGUAAGACAACUCUUACCAGGGUCUUUAUUUGAGAAUCAGAUAAAUGCAGUUAAUGUGCGUUAUGAUGGAGACUGUUAGAUCUGGUGGACUGAAACAUGACUUAGAGGAAGGAGACGCCUUCAAAGUGCUUAUUCUGUGGAGUACAGUGUUUAUUAGUUUUUUUUAAAGGAUACCAUUGUUACACAUCUCAAACUGUGCAGGAGUGCAAAAAUGUGCAAUCAGUGUCAAUAUUGUGUGCAGUUACUCUGAAAUAAUGUUGAUCACUCACUGACGUCCAAAGAUUCCUCAUUAAUGCGACAGCAUUUGCACUUCUCAGGAGUUCCAGUUUGUUUGCUUUUCCCUGUUUCAUCCUGAUCCUGUCUGCCUGAAGCUGUUCUCCACGAGGGACAGGACUGUGACAUGCCAACCUAAGAGUGUCCCUUUAGACUCAAGCCUUUCACAGUAUUGACUAGCCCCUCAUUUAUCAAGCGCUGUAGUGAACUACUUAUUUAGUCCCACACGUAGGUCUGUGGCGAUUCACACACUCCAAAAUAAUGCUCGGCCAGCUUUUCGUUAUGCAUUUGCCUGCUGACAUCAGUCUAAUAAGCUUCGUUUGACACUAAAACACAAAGUGCAUUUUACUUUUGAUGUGUCAUUAGGGUUGCAAAGGGGUGGAAAAUCUUCGGAUAGUUUCAGACUGACAUUCUGGGGAAUUUUGGAAAUAUUCCAAAUUGGAAAGUUUCCAUGGGAAUUAACUGUGAAUUGAGGUUAAUUGAAUGGAAAGGUUUCAGCGGUAAAUGCCUGCUUUAUUCCCGUUUAUUCCCAUACAUUCCUGUUAAUUCCCAUGGAAACUUUCCAACUUUUUAAAAUUCUCUGAAUUUUGCAGCCCUACGUGUCAUCUGGAAGGUUUCAAAGUGAAAUGCUUCAUUCAAAAGCACAGGGGUGUUAUUUCCAAUCACGGUGAUAGAAAGAGCAGGGAGACACAGAUCUUACUUAUAUUGUGUGGCAACAAAGAAAUAAAAUAGUGUGUGAUAAAAAAAAAAAUGGCGCUUACAUUUUGGACCUCAAUAGCUUUGAGGUUAACACGUUGAUACAGACAGACCUACUUACAGCUCCAAAUGAUCUAGUGUACUUUAAUUAGCCGGACAGAUAUCAGUGGGGUUUCUACAUCAUGUGUGUGAUCAUCUGGAGCAUAUUUAUUUACUGUAAAUUCAACAUAACUUAACAUGUGUGCUAGAUGGUAACAUCUGUGUAACAUCGUGCUGAAUAUCAGAUUGAGCAGCUUCUGUGAAAAUGAAAGAAGACAGAGUGCUUCAGAAGUACGACGUGUGUCAGAGAGAAUCCUCACAGAGCUGAAGCUUUCUGUUCCACUCAGAAUGCUGUGAGAUCUUCAUUCUUGAACAUUGUUGAAGUUUGUUUUUUUGGUGUUUAUCGUGAAACAUUUCUGUAAAUAUCAUAUUUCGGUCGACCCUCAUGUGUGUUGAUGGAAAGUGCAAGAAAAAGAAAUAAGCAGUUGAUGCGGUUAAACUCUGAGCUUUAUUAGAAACGUCUGUUUAGAGAUUCUUCCACAAAGAACAAACCGAUGGUUUGAAAGAGAUCGCUGCUCUCGGUGUCCUUCUUGGCUGACACGAAAUUCCCGGUUGCGAUCUCUGUCGUCAGCAAUCCGGGAGAAAACGUGUCAUUGAGGAGAAACACCAGACAACCUUCGCUCCAGUCACAACACUCCAGGAGAUUAUUUCAAAUAGACAACACAGCGUUACACUCAGGCCUCAUGCACGUCACUUUCACUUUUCAUCUUCAUUUCAGUGAAACAAAACUGAUCUCACUCUGACUGAUCGUCUGAAUCAGCGAGCAGAAGAACUCUACGUUUCUUCUUCUCACCUUUUGUUUUCUACUCUGUGGCUCAGUCAGCUGGAUGUGCAUUUUACUGUACAUACUUUUAUACUGUUCUCAACUGUUACAUGUGUUUUACUGUUUGUUUAUGAAACAAUAAAGAUUUCAACUGAA